AUGGAGACGGCGGCGGAGAACCACGAGGCGGCGGCGUUCCUCACGCCACUCCAUGCGGUCUUCACCGACGGCAACGCUGCGCCGCUUGUUGUUCCUGGCGGCACGGAAGAGGUGAUGAACGAGGAGAAUGGGCGGGGUGGGGCGCUGUGGGACAAUGAAGAGGCUGAUGAAGAGCAGCAGCAACAACAAUUGGAGCAUCGUGACGAUAACGAAGCAACAUUCACAGCCGGCUUCCUGGUUGGAGAUGAUGACGAUGACGAUGAUGAGAAUAUCGAUGCUCAUUAUGAUGAUAAUGAUAAUGCAGUGGACGUGGAUGGAUUUCAGUCGGACGAUGAGGGUGAGAAUGAUGAAGACCACGGCAACUUUGCUUCUGAGAAAGGAAAUAGGCUCGCCUUCCCACUCUCGCGCAUCAAGGAGCUCUUGAAGUUUCACAGUGCCUCGUCCAUCGUGGCGAGAGAUGCGGGUGUGGUGGCCUCUGAGGCGGUUGUUUUGAUGCUGCAAGACUUGACACGACUUGCGGCAGCCAAUGCGGAGCGGCAGAGGCGCAAGACCGUCACGUACGCCGACGUGGCUAACGUGGUGCACUACUUUGAUCGCUACUCAUUUCUGUCGGGCGUUCUGCCGCCUGUAUCGGCGGCGCCGAGCAGUGGCGCCAAAGUUGUUGUUGGCCCUGCCAAUUCAGCCACAACAACAACAACUAAUACUACUACUACUGCUGCUGCGGCGACGGCGGAGGCAAAGCAGAGUCGCGGCGCUCCACGUGGUGGCGGGGCACUGCGGCAGCAGAAGCAGCCAAAGGCGGCGGAGGGCGGAGGCUUGCGUCAGGCAACGCUGAGGUUUUGA